UUCCGAUUGCACAAUAUGGGUAAAAAUAUUUGAACCCCUUUCCGCCACCACCUCCUUUCCUAUCCCGGCGAUCCUCUCCAUCUAUUAUUUCUUCUUUGGCUCCUUUCCUAGCCGUAGUUCCGUUCCUUCUCCCGGCUCUCUCGCCUGGUAGCGCCGUAAUCCUGUCAAUCACGAAAGUUGGUGAGUUCUACCUGAACUUCAAUUCAAUUAAUUGCCUGUUAUAAAAUGCGGUUUAAUCGUAAAAUGAACUGGACGUGGUUUCUUUUUGAAUUUGUUGAUUGACUGGAAACGUAUAUGCUUUACUUCCAUAUUUAGUAGUUAAUUAAAGUUCACUGGAAGUAUAAACCAUAAAUUUAUUAACUGCAAUAUGUUGCAUUUCUUCGCUUAAAUUUAUAAACUUUACUCAAUGAAGUGCCAGUUCCACUCGUUAAUUUUGAAUUUAAACCUGGGUUGUUCUGAGUUUCCGUGUUUAUAUUAAUUAAUUCAUUUACUGAGCCAGCCUAAGCAGGUUAUGCAUGGAUGAUCAGCUCUCUGUAUAUAGAUAAUCUUCAAUGUAUGUCAAAUUAUCAAUAGUUUAAGUUGCUUCUCAGAAAGGAGCUCGCUCAUUCGCCAUUAACAGAAUUACAGAAAGGUCGCAUUGUGAAGAUUAUAGGUAACUUAAAAUCAUUAAUUUAUAUAGGUAGUUGAUCCAAGUUCUGUUGUCCUUUUAUGUCGAUAUGAAAUUCGUGUUGUAUCUUGUUGUGUUUCAUUUGUUUGCCCUUGAUUUUUUUUUCUCCCAAGGUUUGUCUUCUGUUUCCUUUUUCAAAUUAAUUUGAUUCUUGUAUUGGCGAGUGUAAUUAAUGGCGUGGGGUUUCUUAUAUUUAUUGGGUUUUCAGUUUUUAAUCUUGUCAUUUGUAUUUAGCUUUCUGAUUUCACUGGUUUCCUUUUCAAAUAGAGAUUAAGCGUAACUAGUUUUUCUCAUACUUUUGUUUAAUACAAUAUGUUCGUGUAGAUGUAUGUUUGUGUGUGUAUAUAAUGAUUAAUGCAAGGGACAACCUUUACAUUUAAUCACAAAGUAAAUUGGAAAUGGAAAUAAACCCCAGAGCAGUCUCUAAUAGUUUCUCGUACUCUUUUAACAUGUUUCAGGGGCUGUGACUUCUCUGUUUAUUCAGUAGUGUUUUACAGAAUGUUUAGCAAACAUGGGCAGUAUCAACCCCUACAGUAGUUCAGCUCCCUCUCACUAUUGACGGCGGAGGCAGCUCUGUCAUUCCAGGAAGGCAUAAAUUUACUUAUUUUUCAAUGGACAGCCCUUCAAAUGGCAGUUUUAUAUGAGUGAGCUGAACCAGAUUCUCGUCACGAAUACCAGGAACUCACCCUCCAUCUCUUUAGAGGAUUUACUCAGUCCAAAGGUUCUCCUGCUUUUCUUCGGGAAGAUUUGGGUUUCAAUGUAGACAUCGAUGAAGUGGAUGAUUUUCUUGAGGAGUUAAGUAAGGAAUUUGUGACUUAGAUUGCUGACUGAAGAUUAGAGGAGGUACACCUAUCUAUAAUUUUUUUUUUUAUUGGCUUCUUUAACUUUGAGUUUAAGCAGAGAUUGAAAUGGUGGUUUUUCUCCCUUAUGUUGUACAUCAUGAAAGCGCGAUCUUUAAAUUUUACGCGUCAUUCGAGAAUAAGUUGUCUUCAUAUAUCAUAUUCUAGCCUUCCUCUUGCCAUAAUUCUUUCUCACUGCAUUUGUCAUCUUAUGAGAUAUUGGUGAUGAACAUGAUGACUUGCUCCUGUUUUAGAACAGGAAACAGAAAGCUGUGCUCUAGUAAUCUUAAAACUUACUAGAAUUUUACAAGUGAAUCUUGAAAAAAUGGAAGAGAAGUGCUUAAAAUUCAUCGAAGUCUGAGUUCACAUUGUCUGAAGCCAAUUUAUUAAUCAUCCUUGUUCAUGGACCAUUUCAUGGUUCAAUAUGAAUAUAUACAAAUUGCAAAGAAAUCAUGCUUUUGUGGACAAUGCACUGGCUAACGUGGCAAUUUUGAUUGAUCAAAGAGAUUGGCGUUACGAGAUUUUUGUGGACACACUUCGACAAUCACAUUACCACAAAACAUAAGAACAUUAUUCAUACAUGUGAAGAGGUGUAUAUAGUCCAGAUCUGGACCUGAAUUAUGUUAAGAUCCCAAAUAUGGGAUGGGGAUGGUUGAGUGUUUAAAGCAUCUUUCAAUAUGGUUUGAAUAUUUUUCUUUCAUUUUGUUGCUCCUCUGUGUACAAAAAAUUGGUCUGACAGGAUGCUGGCUAAUAAUUAAGGCUUAUGUUAGCUACUCUGAAGGAGUAAUCAGGAAAGUAUUAAGAGAUUAGUAAGACAUUAUAAUACCCUAUCAAUUUCUGAAGUUCGUUUAUGGUUCCAUGGGAUGCAAAAAUAAUACAAUGCUUUAAUCGAACUUUAUGUCUGUUUUAAUUCAUUUGGCUGCUAUGCAUUUCAGUUCAAUUGCUACAUUCCAUUGGGUGCCUCUUGGUCUCCAGGUUUCAUAAGUUGGAACUAUGAAUGCGGCCAAUGCAAUUAGAUAGAUUACACUCCUUUUAGGUGCGCUUACAGGUUUCUUAGUGUUUUAGCAAUGGAAUAGAACAAAAAAAUGGUUUUGGGUUCGUUCCUUAAAUUUGAUUUCUUUAGCUAUUUUGGAUCACCUGUGUACUUGCGCACGGAUGUGUCUGUGUUUAUGUCCAGACUAGUAAUAUACAGCAUAGCCAAAUGGUGAACGUGCUUUACAGAACAUCUGACAUCUUGUGCAAUCAUUAGAGUAGCAGGAAUUCAAAAUGUUCGUGUUAGUUAUCUUUCACUAGGCAGCAAGGUCGUUCUUCCAUUUGUUGAACUUAAUAUUAGUGCUGUAUCGAAGUUUCUAUCUUAAUGUCAAUUGAUUAUGCUUCUCUGUUUCAAUUUCUCUUUGACAGCAAAACUGGAUAAAGGUUUUAUAUGUGAAAUAGAUCUGUUCAAAUAUAUGAAAUUUAGAUAUUUGCUUUUGGUAGUGGAUGAACAAAGGCUUUAUUAGUUUCCAUUUUUGCAACGGUCCCUUGGUCAGGUGAUGGUUACUGGAAAAUGUUUGUCUCCUGCUUUUUAUUAUUUUCUCUGGUUGGGUGGUGCUCUUGUAAUUCAGAGAAAGUUUUCACACACUCUUCACCUCCUUAAAAGGACAUCAGUUCUACUGGGAUUUAUUCUUCUCCUUUACGCAUUUAUCCAUGUUCGAAAUCCCUAUUUGUUGGCAUUUGGAGAAUGGGCCUUAUGAGUUCUUAAAAUAAAUAGGAGAGGAAGAUUGCAUUUCGAGUUCAAACUCGUAACUCAGUCUCCUCUGGCUGUUAACAACUUGAAUGUCAAUGUAUAACAAAUUGACAGGAAUUCUGCUUCUAAUAUAUGUAUGUGACAUUUGUUUUGGUAGCAUAUUAUUAAUCUUUAAGCCCCACUCAUAUGCUCCAACUAAUCAGAUUACUGAUAACCUAAUGGUUAUGCAUAAAGGAUGUUUGGAAGGAGAUCUUAGUUUAAUACAAGAGCUUGAAGCAGCAGAACCACCCAAUAAUGCUCUCAAGCAUAUUUCGAAGGUGAUUGUGGCUUGGUUAACAAAUCUCUGCAGAUGGUUGUAAGAGAUGUCUGUCGUAGAAGUUUAAAAUGUUACUUUCAUCUUACAUGCUUCCCUUUGGAUCCAAUUCACCUGAUCAAUCUACUCGUCAAUUUUGAUACAGGUUAUGAGUGAUUCUGAUGAUGACAGCAAUGAAGAAUAUGUUGAUCCCGAGAACUCGGUAAAUGGCGACGCAUCAAUGAUGGUUGUAGAUGUUCUACAAUCCCAUUCUACUACCGAUAAAGCUGAAUGAUGAUUGAUUUUUCCACAUCUCAAUCAACCAAAGCUGAAGAUGGCUGGACUGUCGUUGCAUCCAAUCGCAACAGAGGUAGAAGAAACUAGCUUACACAAUGUCAAGGGUUUGUGUUUUUCUUGGGAGUCUCUUACCUCGGGCCAAAAAUUUUGACUACCCCUGAGCUUAUAGUUGUUCAUCACACAAUGGUGAUGGAGAAACUAGUACAACAUAUUUGUGGAUAGUUUUGCCUUCAUUAAAUAAAACUAAAUUCUUACUAUGGAGAUUUUGUCAAAUUGGUUACUUCAAAAUUUGUUAUGAUGAGAUAAAACUGUUAAUAUGCCACCGAAGGUGUCUGCAAACUCUAAUUCCGCAAGAUGGUCUAUACGAGUAUUUUACCUAAGUUGGCCUUAGUGAAAAUACAGAAGAAGAAUUUACAUGUAGGUACAGGUAAAUGAUCA